AUGACAGGGCAGAACAGUGGGGCAUGUGACAAGCUGACCCUCUGCAGGCCCGAUGUGCCACAGAACCCAUCUGCUCAGCCUGCUGUCCUGCCCACUGUCCAUGCCACAGACCAUAACCCUGUUACACAUAGAGCCACUGCUAUGGUCACCCCUCCGCCUCCUCCACCCACAUCCCCAACCACCCGUUACACACAGAGCCACUGCUGUGGUCACCCCUCCGCCUCCUCCACCCACAUCCCCAACCACCCGUUACACACAGAGCCACUGCUAUGGUCACCCCUCCGCCUCCUCCUCCCACAUCCCCAACCACCCGUUACACACAGAGCCACUGCUAUGGUCACCCCUCCGCCUCCUCCACCCACAUCCCCAACCACCCGUUACACACAGAGCCACUGCUGUGGUCACCCCUCCGCCUCCUCCACCCACAUCCCCAACCACCCGUUACACACAGAGCCACUGCUAUGGUCACCCCUCCGCCUCCUCCUCCCACAUCCCCAACCACCCGUUACACACAGAGCCACUGCUAUGGUCACCCCUCCGCCUCCUCCACCCACAUCCCCAACCACCCGUUACACACAGAGCCACUGCUAUGGUCACCCCUCCGCCUCCUCCACCCACAUCCCCAACCACCCGUUACACACAGAGCCACUGCUAUGGUCACCCCUCCGCCUCCUCCUCCCACAUCCCCAACCACCCGUUACACACAGAGCCACUGCUAUGGUCACCCCUCCGCCUCCUCCACCCACAUCCCCAACCACCCGUUACACACAGAGCCACUGCUAUGGUCACCCCUCCGCCUCCUCCUCCCACAUCCCCAACCACCCGUUACACACAGAGCCACUGCUAUGGUCACCCCUCCGCCUCCUCCUCCCACAUCCCCAACCACCCGUUACACACAGAGCCACUGCUAUGGUCACCACUCCGCCUCCUCCACCCACAUCCCCAACCACCCGUUACACACAGAGCCACUGCUAUGGUCAGCCCUCUGCCUCCUCCACCCACAUCCCCAACCACCCGUUACACACAGAGCCACUGCUAUGGUCACCCCUCCGCCUCCUCCACCCACAUCCCCAACCACCCGUUACACACAGAGCCACUGCUAUGGUCACCCCUCCGCCUCCUCCACCCACAUCCCCAACCACCCGUUACACACAGAGCCACUGCUAUGGUCACCCCUCCGCCUCCUCCUCCCACAUCCCCAACCACCCGUUACACACAGAGCCACUGCUAUGGUCACCCCUCCGCCUCCUCCACCCACAUCCCCAACCACCCGUUACACACAGAGCCACUGCUAUGGUCACCCCUCCGCCUCCUCCUCCCACAUCCCCAACCACCCGUUACACACAGAGCCACUGCUAUGGUCACCCCUCUGCCUCCUCCACCCACAUCCCCAACCACCCGUUACACACAGAGCCACUGCUAUGGUCACCCCUCCGCCUCCUCCUCCCACAUCCCCAACCACCCAUUACACACAGAGCCACUGCUAUGGUCACCCCUCCGCCUCCUCCUCCCACAUCCCCAACCACCCGUUACACACAGAGCCACUGCUAUGGUCACCCCUCCGCCUCCUCCACCCACAUCCCCAACCACCCGUUACACACAGAGCCACUGCUAUGGUCACCCCUCCGCCUCCUCCACCCACAUCCCCAACCACCCGUUACACACAGAGCCACUGCUAUGGUCAGCCCUCCACCUCCUCCUCCCACAUCCCCAACCACCCGUUACACACAGAGCCACUGCUAUGGUCACCCCUCCGCCUCCUCCUCCCACAUCCCCAACCACCCGUUACACACAGAGCCACUGCUAUGGUCACCCCUCCGCCUCCUCCACCCACAUCCCCAACCACCCGUUACACACAGAGCCACUGCUAUGGUCAGCCCUCCGCCUCCUCCUCCCACAUCCCCAACCACCCGUUACACACAGAGCCACUGCUAUGGUCACCCCUCCGCCUCCUCCACCCACAUCCCCAACCACCCGUUACACACAGAGCCACUGCUAUGGUCACCCCUCCGCCUCCUCCUCCCACAUCCCCAACCACCCGUUACACACAGAGCCACUGCUAUGGUCACCCCUCCGCCUCCGCCUCCCACAUCCCCAACCACCCGUUACACACAGAGCCACUGCUAUGGUCACCCCUCCGCCUCCUCCUCCCACAUCCCCAACCACCCGUUACACACAGAGCCACUGCUAUGGUCACCCCUCCGCCUCCUCCACCCACAUCCCCAACCACCCGUUACACACAGAGCCACUGCUAUGGUCACCCCUCCGCCUCCUCCACCCACAUCCCCAACCACCCGUUACACACAGAGCCACUGCUAUGGUCAGCCCUCCACCUCCUCCACCCACAUCCCCAACCACCCGUUACACACAGAGCCACUGCUAUGUGGCAGCUCUCAUGGCCAGACAUGCAUCAUCCGCAAGGCCUAUGACGAGGACUACUACACCCACAUGAUGGAGGAGUGUUAUCAACUCUGGUCUCAGCUGGAGAAAGAGGCCAACGUCAAGCUGUACAGGUGA